AUGCCGAGACGAAGGGAACUGCAGGCCGAGGACCUGGCCAGCGCGCUGCGGCACCUCGACGAGGAGUUCGAGGCGGGCGAGAGGCUGGCCAACGAGCAGACGUGGUGCGCGCCGGUGCCGCGCGAGAGGCAGGUGAGGACGGUGCGGAGGUUCUACCGGGCGUUCCACGACGCAGGCACGCUGCCGAUCGCGACCUGCACGCUAUGCUACCGGAAGCGAGCCAAGGAGGAGCUGAGGAGACGACAGUGCGCGCGAUGGGCCGGGCGCGAGGGGGCGUCGCCGGCCAUGCACCUCCACGGGCGGCUCGGCUGCGAGCACGCGUACCCCGACGAGCUGAAGGACCUCACGCCGCUCGAGGAGAAGCUCAUCUCACUCAACUCGUGCUACGGCUUCGUGACGAAGUACAGCAUCCCGGGCGGUCAGAGGCAGAGCGUGAGGUACCCGAGGCACGUCAAGGGCCACAUUACCGUGUUCCCAAACGACGUGCAGGGCCUAGCCGCUAAGGUGCUGCCGCACCCGCUGCUCCGGGUCAUGGACGAGAUCCACGUCUCGUGGCAGGGUGCCGAGAGGCCCGGGCCGCGCGACCUAUCGGGCCUGCUGUCGGUAAGGCGGUCGGCGGUGGAGAGGGCGCUAGCCUGGCUCAAGGAGAACAAUCCGCUCUACGGCGAGGUCGAGAUCGACGCGGCGGAGAUGGCCAGCUGGGGGCGCCGCCGCACUGGUGCCGCCAGUGGUGUGGUGCCGCCGUCGGAGCGGGCCAUGGACGACGAGGGUGCGGUCGAGAUCGAGGAGGUCCUCGCGAUGCUGAGGCAGGGGCGGGACCCCACCGAGGGGAGCCGUGACGUCGGGCUCACGUGCGAGGACGACGACGGGGACGGCGCUAGGCCCGAAGAGGACGGGGACGUAAUCAACGAGGUGACGUCUUCCGGCAUGUUCCCGUUGGACGGGGCGCCAGAGGUGGCCGAUGCUGAGAAGAUUCGCUUCGCCCGCGGUGCCGUCGGGCCCGAGGAGCGCGCGCCGGCCGAGGACGUGGGCGGGCCGAGGCUCGCCGACGAGGACGCCACUGGGGAGAGCGCGGGCCCUAGCGUCGGGAACCAGGGCACGCAGGCGGAGCGGGUCGCGGAGGGCCUUAUGUCGACGCGGAACAUGAAGCUCCAAGCAUGGGCCGACGUCGUGCUGCGGCGCCACGGCGGCCGGUUCGCGACGCACCCUAUCUUCGCCUUCCUCGUCUUUAACAUGGGCGUACGGUCUAGGAACCGCCAGGCCAGCAUGCUAGGCGUCACGAGGAAGAACUUCGCAAGGGUCGAGGGCCUGUUAAAGUCGUUAACGGCGCAGAGGCUCGAGGCGGCGAGGGUCGAGCUCGAGGCCACGGGCAAGACUAGCGACGACGGGCCGAUGUCGAGGGAGAGCCGCCUCAGUAUGCGGAAGAAGAUACUAUCCCUCAUCAUAAGGCACGGGGUGCCGGCCAUCUGGUUCACGCUGAACCCGAACGACAUCACGAACCUGGUAAAGUUGCGGCUGGCGGCACACCGCGGCCGCGACCCGGACGAGGCCGAGGCCUUCCUACGAGACCUAGGGACCGCGUAUAAGCGGACGCGGCUGGCCAUAUCGGACCCGAUGAGCUCGGCCGUCUUCUUCCACCGGGAGAUGACGCUCUUCUUCGAGCACUACAUCAAAGUCGGGGAGGAGUCGGUGUUCGGCCACGUCGGCGCGUACUACGGCGCGGUCGAGACCAACGAGCGAGGCGCUCUCCACAUCCACGGGCUCCUCUGGCUAAGGGGCAAUGCUGGCCUCGGCGAGGCGCUCGCCGGCCCCGAUACGGAGGAGCAGGCGGCGUACCGGGAUCGCAUCGUCCGCUACGUAGACAGCGUCUUCUCCGAGGAGCUAGACGCGGAAGGUUACUGCGCCGUGCAAGCGGAGCGGUCGGCAACGGCGGACAUAUCGUCGCGGCUCGACGACGUCGCGCGCUUCACGGACACCUUCGACGAGGAGGCCAACUUCUGCGCCGGCGCGACGCAGAUCCACACGCAUAGCGCGACCUGCGUAAAAUACUCGCUCGGCGCGGGGCGCGGAAGGGGACCUUUGCCGGUUCAAGGCGCCGUGGAGGCUGGUGGAGAGGACGGCGCUGACGGCGGACGGGCGCAAGACCAUGGCCCUAAUCUACUACAUUACCAACUAUGCGACGAAGAGCCGACGGGAGAGGGCAACGGAAGUGGCGCCGACCGCGACGCCGGCCGAUGGGGCGGGGCCGAAGGGGUGGCGACGGCGGCGGACCCCAUAGGGGGGAACAAGACGAGAACGUUCCUGCUUAAGGCGGCGAAUCGAGUCUUUACGGAGCGGCCGCUGUCGCAGGUCGAGGUGAUCGCGCACCUCCUAGGGUACCCGGCGGAGUUUAGCAGCGGCUCAGCGUGGGCGUAUAUAAACGCAAACCAGCUCUACUGGGCCGUCUUCCGCCGGUGGCGGCACCUCCGACGGGCGAGCGGCGCGGAGGCGACGGGCGACGCGCCGGACGAGACGGUCGUCGUCGAGGAGGCCGGCCCGAGGAUCCCCCUCGUCGGGGCCUACCGGCACAGGGGCGAGCUCCUGCGGGGCCUCUGCCUUUAUGACUACGCAUCGCUCGUAAGGCUAAAGCGAAACGGCCGCGGUGCCGACGGUGGGACGGGCUGGGGCGAGGUACCCUUCGCGGAGAGCUGGGCGUCGGGGAAGGGCUGGGUGCAGGCGCUUAGGCGGCCGGGUAGCGGGGCGACCGUAUGCCUCGACGGAUACCUCAGCAAGGAGUUUAGCGAGGGAGACGACGAGUCGUGCCACCGAAGGGCGGCGGCGACAUCGACGACAUCUGGGCGCGGGCGCGGAGUCGCUGGCGCCGAGGUCGCGCGGCUCGCAGACAACGUGCAGCUCCUCCGGCGGUCGGCGGAGGACGCGAAGCGCGACGCCAAGCAGUGGGCCGCCACGGCCGAGGAGGGCGGUACGACGGUGCCGCAGGCCGGCGACGAAGGCAGGGGGCGGCCGAGGGGCGAGGAGGCGUACCGCGCCGGCGGGCGGGCGACGCGGCCCGGCUCAUCGACGUCGUCGGAAUGCCGCCGGCGCGGGACAAGUCACGGCGCAGUCAACAGAGCUGCUAGCGAUGACUCAGCAGCUCUGCCGGUUCCAGCAGUCGGCGCUGGGGUCGGCGGCCGAGCUCGCGGCGACGGUAGUGGCGGAGAGAGGGCAGGCAGGCGGGUGAACCUACCGGGCUCGGAGCUCUCGGGGGCGGCGCUGCCACGGCAAGAAGAGGUGCGGGCCAUCAAGUCGCAGCAGAGGAGCGCGGCGCGGGAGCGGGAGCGAGCCAUCCAGGGCAUCCAGGGCGGCGGGGCGGCGGCGGGCGUCGGGGCCGACCGCGGCGCGGCUCUUCGCGGGGUGAUGGGGGGCUUCGGCGAGGACGACAUGGACGUAACGGCGGCCGACGGCGACGUAGACGCUGGCACGGCGGCGGGGAUGCGCGUGCGGCUCGGCCCGUCGAGCUCGUUCGUCGCCGCCGGCAGGGAGCUGGCGGGGCAGCUAACGCUCAACGAGAAGCAGGCCAUCGCUCUCCUAAUCGUAUGCCGGCAGCUCGACCGAAUCCGGCAGCUCGACCGAAUCCGGCAGGGCGACGACGCAGGCGGCGAUGGCGGCGGCCAGCUCUGCCUGUUCAUCGGCGGCGAGGGCGGCACCGGCAAGUCGCGCGUCAUCGAGGCGCUCGUCGAGCUGCUCGCCCGGAGGGACCUAUCGAGCCGGCUGCUGGUGACGGCGACGUCGGGCACGGCGGCAGCACGGAUCAACGGCAUCACACUACACUCGGCCUGCGGCCUUACGGGCGAGCGCUUCGUCGACGGCCGGUCGCGGAUGGACUGGCAGGAGAAGGAGGUGCUGGUGAUCGACGAGGUCAGCAUGCUCGGGGCGCGGACGCUGCACGCCGCCAACGAGCAGCUGUGCAGGCUGCGGGGGUCGGCGCGAGACUUCGGCGGCAUCCCGGUGGUGAUCUUCUGCGGCGACUUCCACCAGUUCCGGCCGGUGCAGGAGCGGUCGAUCCUGCUGCCGAGCGCGGCGGUGGCGUGGGACGAGGACGGGGCGUUCGCGGCCGAGCAGCGGCGGCAGCACGACAAGGCGCACGCGCUGUGGCGGCGGUUCACGACGGUCGUCAUGCUGGACGAGCAGAUGCGGGCCGCCGGCGACCCGGAGCUGCGGCGGCUGCUCGGGCGCAUCCGCCGGGGGGAGCAGGACCGGUCGGACCUAGAGCUGCUCAACUCGAGGUGCCACCGGCCGGGCAGGCGGAUCCCGUGGGAGACGGGCCUGACGGUGGUCACGCCGCUCAACCGGAACCGCUGGAACCUCAACCUAGAGGCGGCGCUCGCGUUCCGGGCGCGGCGGCGGACGGCGGCGCGCGUCUUCCUGUCCGAGCACAACGCGACGCCGGUCCCGGCCGUCUUCGUCUUCGUGCCCGGCAUGCCGGUCGUCGUGAACCAGAACACGCACCAGGGGCUGAAGCUAGUGAACGGCGCCGGGUACACGGCGGUAGACGUCAUCCCCGACCGGGCCUUCCCCGGCCACCGGGUCUCGGCCGAGCUGACGAUGCACUUCGGGCCGCCGGCGGGCAUCGUGCUGGCUUCGGAGACGACGAGGGACUUCCACUUCGUCGGGAUGCCGCCGGAGGGCCUGCCGUGCGCGGCGGCCUUCGCCUGCACCGACUACAAGGUGCAGGGCGGGACGCUGGAGCGCGUGGCGCUGGAGCUGCGGGGGGCGAGGAUGACGACGGUCGAGGGGAGGGCGGUGCCGUCGCCGUGCGACCCGUACAGCCUGUACGUGCAGCUGUCGCGGUGCCCGACGCUCGACGGCAUCAUGCUCGUAUCGGAGGUGCGGGAGCGGGAUCUAGUCGGGAACCGGGUGCCCGAGGAGAUGACGGCAGCGCAGGCCCGGCUAGAGGAGCUUAGCAGGCAGACGACGCAGGAGGCGGCCGACUGGCUCCGCGGGUAA